AUUCAUUAAGAUUCCCUAAUACAAAUGUCAAGCCCAUGUAAAUCUUAAACAAACCAUUUUUAACUUUCACCAAUCUUUUCCACUGUAUAAAGAGCAAGCAUUUUCCACAACAAUCACAAGAAACAAUCAGAAAAUCACUCUUCUCUAAGCUUUAGCUUUUGCAAGAAACCCACACACAGAGAGCUUCAAAAAUGGAAGCCACAGUAGUGAUAGUGGGGGCAGGGCCUGCAGGCUUAGCUGCUUCUGUUUGUCUUUUAAAAAUUUCCAUUUCUAAUUUAAUCUUAGAAAAGGAAGAUUGCUGUGCUUCUCUGUGGAGAAAAAGGGCUUACAAUAGAUUAAGCUUACACUUAGCUAAAUCUUUUUCUGAGCUACCUUACAUGCCUCACUUGCCCACAACUCCAAAAUUUAUGCCCAAAAGAGAGUUCGUGAGAUACUUGGAUUCAUACGUAUCAGAGUUUAAUUUACAACCUAGUUAUAAUCGAUGUGUUGUGUCUGCUGCUUUUCGAGAAAGUUCAAAGAAAUGGUUUAUUGAGGAAAACUUAGUUUCUGGAGAAAAUGAACAUUAUGUUGCUAAAUUUUUAGUGGUAGCUACAGGUGAAAAUGGUAGGCCUUUUUUCCCUGCGAUUCCUGGAUUGGAUAGUUUUCCAGGAAAAAUCGUGCAUUCUAGUGAAUACAAAUGUGGGUCUGGAUAUGAAGAUAAAGAAGUUCUGGUUGUUGGGUCUGGGAAUUCGGGAAUGGAAAUUAGCUUUGAUCUUGCCAACCAUGGUGCUUAUGCUUCUGUUGUUGUUAGAAGUCCUGUUCAUAUGGUUACAAAGCAAUUGAUCUAUUUAGGAAUGGUGCUAUUAAAGUACCUUCCAAUGAGUCUUGUGGAUGCUAUGGUCACCUUCUUCUCAAGAAUGAAGUUUGGUGAUUUGUCAAAGUUUGGAAUUCAUCGACCAAGCAAAGGACCAUUCACUCUUAAAAUUCUAACAGGACAAACUCCUGUUCUUGAUGUUGGAACUCUGGAUAAGAUUCAUUCUGGAGAGAUAAAGGUAAAAUUAACAAGAAAAAAAAAAUAUUAAGACAUUAACUAAUGAUUUUCCUUACGUUUAAAAAAUAUGAAAAAUAUUUCAUAAUAUAGUUGUUUUUAAUGAAAAGUGAUGAUCUGAAA